AUGGAAAAUGAGAAACUGUUGGGAAACGCUACAAUGCAGGAAGCAUACGUGAAAAUGAGAGACAGAGGGGCAGAGAGGGAAAAGAGAAGAGAAAAGGAGAAAGAGAGAGAGAAAGAGAGAGAACCUUGACCACGGAUCACGCAAGAAAAAGAUAGUCGCACCUUUCUUACGCGUGCCUCGGUGGACGUGCUGGUCACAAAAUAGGAGUGUAUCACUUUGUACGGCUGGAUACCCUUGGCUGCUUUGAAAUUAUUCAAGUGUAUGCAGCCAUGGUCGCUCAUCUCAGGCCUGCGUGAGCGACGCUGCAGUGUCUCCUUCUCUUCACCCUGGUAAUAAGCGUACAGGUAUUCGCUAGUUCGCCGGCCUUUUCCCAAACUAACCACCACCGGGAUGAUGACCACAACGAUGAAGGCAGUUGGUCUAACCACCGACGCAGCGCAGCAGACAGCGACAGACAAUCAACGGUGGACACGAUUAUGUGGAGCUGUCGAUUGACGACGACGACGACGACAACGAUGACGGCGGCAGCGGCGGUGGCAGCAGCAGUAGCAGCAGCAACAGCAGCAGUAGUAGCGACGACGACGACGACGACGACGACGAAGACGAAGACGAAGACGAAGAAGAAGAAGACAACAGAGGCUACUCUGUGCGGGGCGUAGCACGCUGGCCUUGGUAG